AUGACAACGACCACGAGAAUCUCUCUCUUCUAUACACGCAUGCAGCCAUGGCUUGCGAUACCACUCCUAAACUUGUGGUUCUUGUUGACGCUGAAAACGCGCAAUUUUGCAGAGAUCGCGAAAUAUGGCACAGCUCAUGUAAAGCGGGCCUUUGGGGACUGGACCGAUCAUAGGUUGGACGGCUGGAGCAAUGAGCUUCUCAAUCAGCCUAUCCAGCCUAUUCAGCAGAAUGCGUACACUCAUGGCAAAAAUACAACCGACUCAGCUAUGAUCAUAAACGCGAUGGACCUCUUACACUCGAACUGCGUCGAUGGCUUCUGCCUCGUCUCUAGCGACAGUGACUUCACCCCAUUAGCCACUCGAUUGCGCGAGUCUGGACUAAUGGUAUUUGGAUUUGGGGAGCGCAAGACGCCUAAAGCUUUCGUCGCUGCGUGCGACAAAUUCAUAUAUACCGAAGACCUUGUUUACCCUUCAGGGCUUGCGCCGCAUUCAGAUAGGGCUGAAGUUCCCCAAAGCCAUAAUUCAGUCCAACAGGCCAAAGAAGAUAGUCACCCUGCUAUUCGGCAGCAGAACACGACAGAGAACUCUCUCGAUAACAGUGGGUGGGCCAGGCUAUCUGAUGUUGGUAAGCAUCUCACAACACAACACCCGGAAUUCAACAUCUUCACACAAGGAUACUCCAAGCUCAGCAAGCUAUUCUCUGAUUCGCCUAAUUCUGAUAUCGAACAUCGCCUUUCUCAAGCAGACAAACCACCGGAAUUAUACGGUGAUCCUGCCUUCCAGCGUGACAACCUUGGUCCUGUCUUCCAGCGUGAUAACCUGCACAGCUCUGUCACUGCUACCUGGCACGAUCACCUAGUGGCUUACCGCUACCUCCAGCGAUAG